UUUGUUUAAUUAAUUAAAUUAUUCUUAUUUCAUUUAAUUGUGAGAUUAAAGUGUUGAUUAUUAGGUAAUCAUGACUGGUGGUGCGGUUGCUGUUCAUUCGAGGAAAAUUUUACCCACUGACAAAUAUCCAAGUGAUGAGAUUCUCAAGAGCAUUGUUGAAUCUAUUGAACCUCCUAAAGAUGAAGAAUCUAUCCGGGCACGAGAACAAGCCAUUCUUGAUCUUGGGCAACAUUUGUGUAAAUCUGGAAAAGCUCAAGAAUUGGCAUCCUUGAUUCAAAAAGUCAGGCCUUUCCUUAACUGUAUCUCUAAGGCCAAGGCUGCUAAAUUGGUCCGUCAGUUGGUUGAUUUAUUUCUCGACAUGGAAGCCGGUACUGGUCUUGAGGUUGAUCUUUGUAAAGAAGUUAUUACCUGGGCUAAGGAAGAUAAAAGAACUUUCUUAAGACAAUCUCUCGAGGCUAGAUUGAUUGCUCUUUAUUAUGAGAAUAAACUAUAUGAUGAAGCCCUUGCCUUGAUUUCUUCUCUGCUUAGAGAAUUGAAAAAACUGGAUGACAAGAAUCUGUUAGUUGAAGUACAAUUACUAGAGAGUAAAGUCUAUCACGCUCUAAGUAAUCUCCAGAAAGCUCGAGCUGCCCUAACAUCGGCCAGAACAACAGCCAACGCAAUCUACUGUGCUCCUAAAAUGCAAGCAGCUUUGGAUCUUCAAUCGGGAAUUCUUCAUGCUGCUGAUGAAAGAGAUUUUAAAACCGCCUUUUCAUAUUUCUAUGAAGCCUUUGAAGGCUAUGACUCCAUUGAUAAUCCAAAAGCAGUAACUGCUCUGAAAUACAUGUUGUUAUCGAAAAUAAUGCUCAAACAGCCCGAUGAUGUUCAAUCAAUUACUGUCGGCAAGUUAGCUCUUAAGUACGCUGGUCCCAACAUCGAGGCGAUGAAAGCCAUCGCUAAAGCAAGUGCAAAUAGAUCUCUUUCUGAAUUUCAAGAUGCAUUAAACCAAUUCAAUACAGAGUUACACGGAGAUCCCAUCAUUCGAGCUCAUUUCGAUACAUUAUACGAUAAUAUGUUGGAGCAAAAUUUGUGUAGGAUAAUCGAGCCCUACUCUCGAGUUCAGGUUGAUCACAUCGCUAAAAUCAUUAAUCUAGGCAAGGACACAGUGGAAAAGAAAUUGUCACAAAUGGUUUUGGAUAAGAGCUUUCAUGGUAUUCUCGAUCAAGGAGAAGGCGUUUUGAUCAUUUUCGAAGACGCUCAAACCGAUAAAACAUACGAAGCAUGUUUAGAGACCAUUCAAAAUAUGAGCAAAGUUGUGGACGCUCUGUACCAAAAAGCCAAGAAAUUGUCUUAAUCUUAAAUCAAACAAACAAAAGAGAAACAAAUUUGUCAACCUUUUCCUAAAGAAAACCUUUUUCGUAAGCCAUUUCUCCUUCCAAUUCCUGAUGAAAAGUUUAAUUUCCUAUUUAAACCCAAAGCAAAAAGAGUUUGAAUACCUGAAAGAGUAAAAUAGUUAAACAAAACACUAA